AUGACAAUGCACGGAUACAAGGCUGUCGCCAAGGCCUUCGAGGAGCGUACACAUAAGGUCCAUGAUGUGAAGCAACUGCAAAACAAGUACGCGUUACUGAAAAAGGAUUGGCAGUCGUGGUCACGUCUAAUGGACAGCAGGCAUGGGCCAAUCGGCAUAACUUACAAUGAAGUAACUGGUUUGAUACAAGCAUCCGACGACUGGUGGGCCCAUUAUGAAAAGAUUGACAAGAAUGUACUGAAGUUCAAAACGAAACCGUUGGAGCAUAUGGACCUCAUGCGAAGGGUGUACGAAGGUGCAACGGCAACCGGGAAAUUUUCAUGGACACCAGGGGCAGCGUUCGAACUUGUCGCCACCGAGGACAAUCCUUUGCUGGUAGACGAAGAAGACUGA